GACAAAAAUUUUAGUUUUUCUUGCAAUCGGUUGGAUAUGUGGCGAAGUUGACGAUUUCUUGUGGGAUUUCGAAGUGUACACCUGAGCGGAAGCGGGCAAAAUUCAUAAUAAAUAAAUACCAUUCUUGGCAAUUGUUUGCUUUCCACGUUCGAUGCUUAUUCGGCGGCGAAAAGAGUGAAAUGAAAAUCGUCAACCGAUCCAGAGUGUGUGGCAAACGAGCUUCAAUCGAUUGCUAAGCUUUGUUGCGUGUUUGUGGCCCGCUUUAAUAAGGACCCCAUCAAUGCGUUUAGUUCGUCUCUGUUUGUGAACUUUUCAUAAGCAUUUCUUUGUUGUUGCACACUGUCACAUUGCAGUGAGACUGCACUGCAGUAUAAAAAGUGUAUUUAGUGGCAGCAGAAGACUCGCACGUGCCUUUUAAGACUGCGAAUUACAUACAUAAAGGCAUUUCUCAAAGAGCAACGGAUCGGCCACAUAAAAACUGGGAGACUUUUCAUUAUUAUUUUGUGAAAAUUAAAAAACAGGUUUAUUCAACAAACAAAAAAAAAAAAAGAAAAACAAACAGAAAAGUUUCUGGGCAAAAGUCAAUUCAAAUAAAAGCUUUAAUACUCGUAGUUACAAAAUGUGGAAAAAUCGAUAAUUUUCCACAGCCAACGUUAACAAUACCUUGCAGCAAAUCGACAAUUACUUUCUUCACGUAAUAACAAAAGAAACGAGUAAACUACAUUCAUAUACAUACGCGAAAUUAUAAAAUUAAGUAGAAUUUCGAAUGAACUGAAGGUGUUGCCAGUGCUUAAUUACCAAAAUACUAAUUGAAAGUAUAAAAAGCUCUUUCCAAUAGUCGAUUCCAAACAAAUUAUGUUAUUUUAAAAUAUUUCGACAAUAAAUUACAACAACAAGAGUAACAUAGAAAAUAUCAACCGCAGCAAGGCAAUAAAAGGCUAUUCGUAUAAUCUUAAUCUGCAAAGAUGUCAGUGAUGACGCCGGAAAAAUCCAUUUUAGCGUACUUUAAUCACUUUAUAGUGAGCAACUUCUCAUACUUGCUGGAUGAAAUCGAUGGAUAUUUGUAUUACUUCGGUGGGACGGCCGGUAUUGUCACCUUGUCGGGUCUCGCUGCUGCGACGGCCUAUUAUUUGGCAUCACGCCCCAUACCGGAAAAGCCGUUAGUGCCUCUGGAUAAUCAAGCGCCAGUUUUGGAGGGUCCUGAUCACAUACAUGUCUCGAAAUUCUACAAAGAAGCCAAAAAUGGCAAAUUCAUCAGUUACAUUACCGAGAACGUGCGCACGUUAUAUCAGACAUUUCGCGAAGGUGCCUACUCCUCCAAUAAUGGCCCGUGCUUGGGAUGGCGCGAGACUCUCACAUCUCCAUAUCAGUGGAUCAAUUACGAUGAAGCCCUAUUGCGCGCUAAGAAUUUCGGCGCUGGCAUGAUUGCUUUGGGUGCUCGGCCCAAGCAAUUAGUUGGCAUUUAUUCACAAAACCGCCCAGAAUGGAUCCUGUACGAGCAAGGUUGCUACAGUUUCUCGCUGGUUGUAGUGCCGUUGUACGAUACACUAGGACCGGAAGCGUGUGCGUUCAUCAUGCGCCAAACAGAAAUGACGUUGGUUGUCGUAGAGGACGAUGCCAAGGCGUUGAUGUUGUUGGAAAAAGCGCCGCCUACACUGAAGAUUAUGGUUGCCAUUAAGCCAAUACGCCAACAGACAUUGGAUCGCGCCAGAAGUCGUGGCAUACAGAUCUUUUCGUUCAUCGAUGUAGAGAAAUUGGGUGCCAAAGGCAAUCAUCCCGAAGUGGCACCAGUCUCCGAGGAUUUGUGCACCGUUUGCUACACAUCUGGAACGACAGGUAAUCCGAAGGGCGUGAUGCUUACUCAUGGCAAUGUGGUGGCCGGCGUGUGUGCGGUGAUCUUACAGAUGGGUGAACACCGAAUUCGCGCUGGCGAUGUAAUGAUAUCGUUCCUGCCUCUGGCUCAUAUGUUCGAGCGCUGCUGCGAGAAUGGCAUCUACUAUGUAGGUGGCUGUGUUGGCUUCUACUCGGGCGACAUAAAGGAGCUGACAAAUGAUCUGAAAAUACUGAAACCAACAGUUAUGCCGGCUGUACCACGUCUACUCAAUCGUGUGUACGACAAAAUACAAAACGAGAUUGCCUCUUCGGCAAUCAAGCGUACCUUGUUCAACAUGGCGCUCAAGGCCAAGGAGAAGGAACUAUCGCGCGGUAUUAUGCGACGAAAUGGUUGCUGGGAUAAGCUGGUCUUCAAAAAGGUGCACCAAGCAUUCGGCGGCAAUCUGCGUUUAAUGGUCGUCGGAUCCGCACCGCUGGCCGGUAACGUCUUGACUUUCAUGCGCUGUGCCCUUGGCUGCUUGGUGCUGGAGGGUUAUGGCCAAACAGAGUGUACUGGCGCCAUUACGCUAACCGUACAGGGUGACUAUGUGCCGAAUCACGUAGGACCACCGGUGUCUUGCAAUGCCGUCAAGCUUGUGGAUGUGCCGGAGAUGGAGUAUUUCGCCAGUCAAAACACUGGGGAGGUGUGCGUGCGCGGUUCUAACGUAUUCCACGGUUAUUACAAAGAUCCGGAGAAAACUGCUGAGGCUGUUGACUCUGAAGGCUGGCACCACACGGGCGAUGUGGGCACGUGGCUUCCAAAUGGCACGCUGCGCAUAAUCGAUCGUCGCAAACACAUUUUCAAGCUAAGCCAGGGCGAAUAUAUUGUACCGGAGAAGAUUGAGAAUAUUUACACUCUGAGCCAAUAUGUAAAUCAGGUGUACGUUUACGGAGAGAGCCUCAAGAGCUGCAUCAUAGCCGUCGUCGUGCCUGAUGUGGAUGUGCUCAAGCAGUGGGCGAACGACAAUCGCGUCAAGGGCACACUUUCGGUGCUAUGCAACAAUCCACAAGUAAAAGAACUCAUCAGGAGCGAUAUGCUGAAUUGGGGUAAGCAGAGCGGACUGAAAUCCUUCGAACAGGUCAAGGAUAUAUAUUUGCAUCCCGAUCCGUUUUCGGUACAAAAUGGACUACUCACACCUACAUUCAAAGCGAAGCGGCCACAAUUGAAGAGCUACUUUAAGCCACAACUGGACGAUAUGUACAAACAUUUGGAUUAAAUCUAAAAUACAUCAGUAAUUAGUUUUCUAAAUGCUGGAGCAUUAAUUGCCAAUUAAAAGCAAUACAGGGAGUGGGCAACAUUGAACAGAGUGCAUAGUUAUAUUUACUAUAAGAGACUUCUAUUCAGAUCAAAAGCAAAAAAAAAAAAACAGAAAACAGUGCGAGAAACCCCGCAGAGGAGUUAGAAGUAAAAUGCGAACAAUUUUAAACUUUAUGCGAAUAUAGAAAAAACAUGCAAUUGCUAAUUAUUUAAUUAGGCAUCAAUUUAAAUUUCUGCAAAAUAGAUAUUUUAAAUACCGGCAUAAAAGCAAACUAUUACCAUUUUAGCCAUAACUAUUCUUCAGGUACUAAACUUUUAUUAGAAAAGAGUAAUCAAAGCAGAAAAUAUGAGAAAUAUGUAUAUACAUAUAAACAUAGAUGUUUUAGAGGAAUGCCAAUUGCAAAUGGGUUGAGAUCACAGUAGUUUGUUUUUGUAUUUUCGUGAACAAAUUAUUCGACAAAUUUGAAACUGCAGUAUCUCUAAAGGAGAU